CUCUUAGGGAGGUCCGUGCCUCACAGAAGCAGCAUCGCUGGGGCAGGCGACCAGCUAGGACCCAGGACCAUGUCCCUGGUUCUGCCCAUUCUGCUCUGCCUCAGGCUGUAUCUGGGUGAGUGCAUGCAGGCUCAGAGAGGAAAUCUCACCCAACCUGCUAUCACAGCUCAGCCUGAAUCUCUGGUUCUGCGUGAUAAACCUGUGACCAUCACGUGCCAAGGGCCCCCAGAAGCUGAAGCAUACAAGAUACUUAAAAAGGGAGAACAAGAGUCUACGGUGGCUGAGAACUCCACUUUAUAUAUCCAACAGAUGACAGCAGGCAAGACAGGCCUGUACCACUGUUCCUACAGGAUUGGAGAAUGCUGGUCCCAACCCAGUGGCCCCCUGCUGCUGGCCAUGACAGGAGCUUAUCAGAAACCCUCACUCAGCAACCUGACGGGCACUGUGGUGACUUCAGGAGACGAGGUGAUGUUGAAGUGUUUCUCAAAACUCAGCUUUGAUACAUUCAUUCUCACCAAAGAUGGAGUUCACACCACCCAGUGCGCCACACGCCAGGACAAUGUACACCAGACCAUCUUCCACAGCGGCCCGGUGACCCGCACACAGGCAGGGACCUAUAGGUGCUAUGGGGCCUUCAACAAAGACCCCUACCUGUGGUCCUACGCCAGUGUCCCAUUAGAGCUUGUGUUCAAAGACCAGUCCCCAAACCUGCUCAUUCUGAUUGGCUUGCCAGUGGCCAGCCUGCUGCUCCUCGGCCUCAUCAUCCUUUUCAUCUUCCUCUACCAUCACAAAGCCAAAAACAAAGCCGCCAAGACAGGGAGACAGCCACAGGCAGAAGAAUCAAUGAGCAAGCAGGCCUCUGAAGCUAGAGACCCCCAAGAUGUCACCUAUUUCCAAGUGGCCUUCCGUGUCCCCACCCAAGGGACGUUUUCGACGCCCAGACCGACCCAGAUCAGCAAUUAUGCAACAGUUGCCCUGAGUUGAACCUUGUGUAGGACAGUAAAACUUCGAGCUGCCUAUUGGAAGGUCCCUCCUCUGGCAUCACUGUUUCUAAAUCUGAGGCCGCCGACCUGGCUGAGGGGACCCGCGUGAUCCCCUGAAUCUGGAGACCUGAACAGUAUCACCCAGUCAGUUCUAGAACCUCUACGACAAUUGCCUGGCAAUUCCCAGGACCCUCCAAAGUUCCUGGGAGACAAUGACAGAGUAAUUUUUGCAUAUUUUCAUUGAUUAAACAAAUAAACUUAAAUCCUCUUG